AUGGAGAAAGACAGACCUCCUCAAUCAUGUUUCGUGCUACUUCUUCUUGUCCUGCUUUCUACCAAUGCUUCAGACUCUACAGAACCGCAGUACAUGGCACUGGUCCCCUCCCUGCUCCACACGGAGACCCCUGAGAAGGGCUGCUUCCUUCUGAGCUACCUGAAUGAGACAGUGACUCUAAGUGCUUCCUUGGAGUCCCUCAGGGGAAACCAGAACCUCUUCACUGAUCUGGUGGUGGAGAAGGACUUAUUCCACUGUGUCUCCUUCACACUCCCAAAGAUCUCAUCCUUUUCAGAGAUGGCAUUUCUCAGUGUCCAGAUAAAGGGACCAACACAGGACUUCAAGAAGAAGAACACAGUGCUGGUAAAGAAUGCUCCAAGUUUGGUCUUUGUCCAGACAGACAAACCCAUCUAUAAACCAGGACAGACAGUAAAAUUCCGUAUUGUCUCUGUGGAUGAAAACUUUCACCCCGUAAGUGAACUGAUUCCACUGGUAUACCUUGAGGAACCAAAAGGAAAUCGUGUUGGACAAUGGCAGAGUCUCAAGUUGGAGAGUGGCCUCCAACAGCUGGCCUUUCCCCUCUCAUCCGAGCCCAUUCAGGGCUCUUACAAGAUGGUGGUACAGAAGGAAUCAGGCGAAAAGAUAGAGCACUCCUUCACUGUAGAGGAAGUUGUGCUUCCCAAGUUUGAGGUCAAAGUUCAUGUACCAAAGAUAAUCAGUAUCCUGGAUGAAAAAGUGAACAUAACACCCCGGAACGCUCAUUCGCUCGUCAUAGUUGUUUCCCGAGGGAGUCUUAACCCGCGGGACCCGGAAUGCAAGUCCGUUUGUCCAUCGGCUUCCACUCUGGGCUGUGGCGGCACUCGCGGGCCGGAGCCCAGCGUAGAGUGGGACCUGGCGUCCGCCUCUACCUCAGGUUAG